AAUCAUUUCUCUUUUCAGAAAAUGGCAGCAAAACUUAACACCAUUGUUUUCUCCAUUGUUGUGUUACAUUUUCUUCUGCCUGCCCAUAUGCAUUCUAUACACUUGGAAUCUCCUUCUCCACAACCACAACCACCACAGUCGCAACCAUCGCAUCACAAUAGCUCUCAAUACGGUACUACUGAAGGCAGUCUUCAACCUCAAGAGUGCGGACCAAGGUGUGGAGAUAGGUGCUCGAAUACACAAUACAAGAAGCCAUGUUUGUUCUUCUGCAACAAAUGUUGUGCCAAGUGCUUGUGUGUACCUCCAGGUACUUAUGGUAACAAGCAAGUAUGUCCUUGCUACAACAACUGGAAGACUCAGAGCGGUGGACCAAAAUGCCCUUAAUAUCUCCUCUUACUUACUCUGUGGCACAACCUCCAUGUAAUUUGUUAAUCUAUCUAUAAGUAUUGGAGGACUCUUGCAUAAUUACAUCACUUCUCCGUGAUUAUGCAAUGAAUCACUUAAAAAAGUUUACAGCUUUAACAAAACAUUUACUA